AUGAAUAAGUACAUUUUGUCCAAAGAAAGGAGGUCGGAAAUAGAGUCCAUAUUUAACGAAUUUGAUAAGAACAAAAAUGGAUUAGAUGGGAAGCAGUUAAUAUAUUUACUAAAAUCGAUUGGCAUAUACCUGAACAAAGACGAAUCCGCGGCUUUAUUGGACGAAUGCAGGAUACACGGUAACCUAAAUUUAAAUAAUUUCUACGCCAUUAUGCAAGAAUUUUACUAUGAUGAAAAUAUUGGAAAAUUGCUAUUAACGUCACUGCAAGCUCAUACAAGGGAAAGCGCUAAAACGAUUACCAUUGCGAAGCUAAAAAAUUUGUUGAUGACGUUGGGUAAGAGGCUACAAAAAAAGGAAACAAAAAAAAUUCAUUCCAAUACAGGUACCGGUGUGAGGCUGACAGAAGAUGAAGUAGACGCCUUUUUAAAUGUAGAAUUCAACGCGAAUAAAAACAAGGACAUAUCAUUUGAUGAUUUUAUAUACAAGUAA